CACCGGAAAUGCUGUAGGAGUUCCGGCUGACAGGACGCUUGAUGCCGAUAGAGGCUAAAAUCAUCAGUGUUUCGGAAGAGGUUUUGCUCUUGCAUGUUCUUCGAAGCACAUUAACAUUUGUAACACAACUUUUUAAAAGGCCUUACUGGAAUAAAUCCAAGCGCUACACACAAUGUUGGCUACAGGAGCAGCUGUAACCACAGCACUGGCACAAGUGGAUAGAGAAAAGAUUUAUCAGUGGAUCAAUGAGCUGUCUAGUCCAGAGACCAGGGAGAACGCCCUCCUAGAGCUUAGCAAGAAGAGGGAGUCAGUACCAGACCUGGCUCCAAUGCUGUGGCACUCCUGUGGUACCAUAGCGGCCCUGCUGCAGGAAAUCGUCAACAUCUACCCAUCAAUCAAUCCCCCCACCCUAACAGCGCACCAGUCCAACAGAGUAUGUAAUGCCCUGGCACUCCUCCAGUGUGUAGCCUCCCAUCCCGAGACAAGGUCAGCUUUCCUGGCUGCACACAUCCCACUCUUCCUCUACCCGUUCUUACACACAGUUAGCAAAACGCGACCAUUUGAGUACCUCCGCCUCACCAGCUUAGGAGUCAUAGGUGCUUUGGUGAAAACAGAUGAGCAGGAAGUCAUCAAUUUCCUGUUGACCACAGAGAUAAUUCCCUUGUGCCUUCGGAUCAUGGAGUCUGGCAGCGAGCUCUCCAAAACGGUUGCAACCUUCAUACUGCAGAAGAUUCUCUUGGAUGACACAGGGCUGGCCUACAUCUGUCAAACAUAUGAGCGCUUCUCCCAUGUUGCUAUGAUUCUCGGUAAAAUGGUCCUUCAGCUGUCCAAAGAGCCAUCAGCCCGCCUGCUCAAGCACGUUGUCCGCUGCUACUUACGCCUGUCUGACAACUCCAGAGCCAGAGAAGCUCUGCGGCAGUGCCUCCCCGACCAGCUCAAAGACACCACCUUCGCCCAGGUCUUGAAGGACGACACCACCACCAAACGUUGGCUGGCCCAGCUGGUGAAGAACCUUCAGGAGGGUCAAGUCACUGACCCCCGGGGCAUCCCUCUUCCGCCGCAGUGACUCUCCCCCACUACUCACAACCCUGAGGAACACCAGCAAGGAACUGCCCAACAGAUGACAAGCCUACGGUCAUGGACAUAGAUGGUGCUGUUUUAAUGAAAGACUUCCAGUGGAAAGGCUCCAGUUGUUUGAGCACUGUGUCAGUGGAUCCACGGUUGCAAAGACACUCGCGUUUGUUGUGACACCAUUUGUUGUGCAACUGAUUUACAGAUGUACAGUAAAUUGUUGCACUACAUAUAACAGUUUCAGAAUAUUUAUUUUGCUGCUGAUAUAUUAGCUAAGUGCCACCUAGUGGCUGAUUAUUGCCAUUUAGCAGAGAGCCUUGUUGGGGAUCUAGUAACUACUGGACAAAGUUUUGUAAAGUGAUUGUUGUCAGAAUUCUGACUCUAAUAACAUCUGACAGUGUAUUGGUCACAUGAUACCAAAAAUAACGAACAUCUUGCCCCUUAAAAAAUGUUUGAUAUUGAUAAACAGAAGACGAUUUACAAGGGAAACUUGAUCCUGAAGUAUCAUGAGGUGUCCACCACACGCCUCCAUAACUGCCUCAGUCUCAUUUGGUCUUUUGAAAUCUGUGUCAAAAUCUAAUUAUUUGUUUUGUAUCUGCACUCAUAUUUUCAAGUUUUUUUUCCUUUUCCUUGUUUUAGUCUCACACAUCAGCUGUGCAACAAACCAACCACCAAGGUGAUCCCUGCUGUAAAUGACUUCUAUUGUAGAGUUUGCGACUGUGUUCUGUAGUUGUUUUUUUUUUCCUUUCUCUAGAGGAGGUCAUUGUGAGGGAGUCCCUCCAUUUUAGUCUUGGCUCAGUCUGUGUAAUUUGAGGCGGGAAGCUGAGCUGAAGCUGUGGAUUAUUAAUGCCUCAGAACAUGAGCAGGGAACACAGGUGAAGACCACAGAGAGAAUAUUCAUAUUCUAAACUUACAGACUUAUGUGUGUGAGCUCUCAGGUGCGUAAGUGAUGUCACUAAUAAGUCCAGAGGUCAGCUCUGAACGGUUUGUAAAUUUCAUGAUGAAUCUCCUCCUGGUGUGUUGUCCCUUGUGGUCUGCGUCUAAACUGGCAUGAUCAAAGUUUGAUGAACGAGGCUUAGUAACGUUACACGGGACAGAAAACGUGGUGAUUCUGUGGUGGUUGGAGCUCUGCAGGUCCUCCACCUGGCAUGACAGGACACAGGUGGUUCUGGGCCAAAUCGGUGGGAAACAGGCUGCUUGUGAUCCUUUGCCAGUUAGCGUAACAGCCAGACUCUUUUGUCGAAAAGCCCGGUUUAAUGUGGCCCAAUAUGGACCUUUGAAUCAGAUGCUGUAAGUCUGUUUUCCUAUAUUUUGGAGUGACUGUUUUAGUUACUUGGUAACAAAAUUGUUGAGAGAACACUGCACAAUAAGCUAAUACAUCACUGCACAGCUUUCCCAAAGAAAGUGAUAUUAGAGACCAGUGGCUAAAAUUUAUUUUUUUCUGGUAUACCAGAGCAUGUUAGUCUGGAUUAAACUCUGUUGGACUCAUUUCAGCAGCAACUGACCAUCAUCAUUUGCUUUGACUCGUGAGCUUUACCAAGCUACAGUAUUAGGCUGCAAUCCAUUAGCUGUGGUUUACUUCGUUGUGUAUUAUCAGUCAGCCAAUCAGAAGAGAGGCUCAGAAACCUGACACAAAAUGAUUCUUUUGGUUCGCCCUUGCAGACCAUGCUUCUAACACUACCAGAAUCAAACCUAAUUUCAGUGUAGCUCAUUUGGUUGUUAGCAUCAGCUAACGCUGUCUUAGCCUUCAAUACAAAUAGGCUUUCUGUCUAUGGUUGUCUGGCCAGUCAUUGCUCUGAUGCUAUCCCUAGAAAUGGUCAUAAUAAAACUUUGCCUCAGUUUUAUCCUUGAACUGGAGCAUUCCCUCUUCGAUUACAACGGGUGGUUCACUACUUACCGUGUUACAUCCCCAUGGUAACUUGUGCUUGCAUGCCUAACCUGCUCAAGAGCAGGUUAAGUUUAGAGGGUCAGAUCAAAACCUGUCAACAACCCAAGUACUAAUACAGUCAUCAUUCUAACAGGAUCCUGACAGGCACAAAAGAUUUUAGAAUAAAGUGAUAAAU